AUGUCCGAAUAUCCCUUUCCCUCCCACCGAAACCACGCGUCCGAUACUACACAGAAUACCGUUCUUAUCAUGCGGCAGAAUGUUAACGUUCCCAAAACCCGCCGGACAUACUGCAAGUCCAAGGAGUGCAAAAAGCACACCCAGCACAAGGUCACCCAGUAUAAAGCUGGAAAGGCCUCGCUAUUCGCACAGGGAAAACGUCGUUACGAUCGUAAACAGAGCGGUUACGGUGGUCAAACGAAACCCGUGUUCAGGAAGAAGGCCAAGACCACAAAGAAGGUUGUUCUGCGGUUGGAGUGCACGGUCUGCAAGACCAAGGCCCAACUGGCUUUGAAACGAUGCAAGCACUUUGAGUUGGGUGGUGACAAGAAAACCAAAGGGGCAGCUCUUGUUUUCUAA